UUAUGCUUUCUAGAGAUCUAGACUAGUCCCAAAACUAGGCCUUGGUUUCCACGAAUUUGAAGCCGAAGAUGCCCCAUUCAGUUGAAUUAUCUCCCUUUCAAAAAGAGAAACUACAGUAUUACUUCAAGUUUCUAGAACCAAAUCAAGAUGGUUUGCUAGAAACUCAAAGCAUCCACAGAGUUAUGGAGAAAAUUUAUAAAUUUACUGGGUGGUCUCCUGAUAAUCAUAGAGCUCUUCAAUGCGUGGAGAUACAUCAAACAUUUUUUGAAAUUCUUUUUGAAAAAUCUGAAGCCGAGUGUGGACAUCAUCUGACAGCAUCACUGGAUGAUUGGUAUGAAAUCUGGUCGCAUUUAAUUUUCGGAUGUAAGGGGAUGAGCAACUUUCCCGUCUGGCUGCGGCUAAUGCCUAAAGUACUUUUUGAUAUGAUUGACAGAAAUACGGAUGAAGUUCUAACCAGGGAUGAACUAGUUCAGUUUUAUAAAGAGAUUGUUGGCCUCCAGGUGGACUCUGCAGAACUAGAACAACUGACCAAUGAAGCUUACAGUAAGAUGACAGAUAAUGGACAUUAUCCCCUGACCUUGGACAGCUAUGAACAAAUCUUCGCUAACUUUCUUCUGGGCCGCACGCCACAUGGGCCUGGGAAGUACAUAUUUGGUUGUUUCAAGCAUGAGUACAGUCCCUUUCAACUUAUCCAACCAGCUAAAGAUGACUCUAGCUGAGCAAUCAAGACGACUAUGGCUGUUAAUUUGUGUUUUGUAGCUCUUCAAUUGUAGGAGUAAAGAGUUUAGAAAAAAACUAUUUUUUAACAGUAGAAAUAAAUAAGUCUAAAAUAGAAAAGGUUAAGGUGUAAAGACAAUUUUAAAAGGAAUUAUUUUAGAUACUUUUAUCAACUUUUUUUGUCUUCAUUUUUUCCAUUUUAAAACAUUUUUGUUAUAAUAAAGGUAUUAAUUUUUAGUGCAAUACAUACAUUUUUAUUGUUUUGUAUAUUAUUUGCUAUUGAUAUUUUCAAAGUAUAUUCAUUUGACUAGUUUAGAUUUCUUGUUUUGUACUUAGAGUAACUUUUUAAUUUAUUUAGAACUCCAGAAACAAAUAGAAAUCGUAUUCACUUUUUGAUGGUUGGUUUACUUUUAACCUAGGACUAACUUAGCAGGUUAACUUUUAACUUAGGACUAAGAUAGUAGGUUUACUUUUAACUUAGGACUUAGA